UAUCGUACAAACAAUGGAAAUUUGGCAAAUCAGGACAGAAAAAUCGCAUUUCACACUAGAAAAAUCAAGUGAUUUUCUCUCUCUAUCUCUCCAUCGCUAUCAUCUUCCCUUCCUUCCCACGUUGAUUAUGCAUAUGAAAAUUGCCAAGUCAUGUGGGACUGGUGCUGUUUCUCUUUCAACCCAAACAAAGACAAUCCCUCUUCCCACAAUUUGCUCCCAAUUCGACAUGAAAAUCGCCCAACACUUGAAACUUCAUCUCCGAUUUCCCUUUCCAUGAUGAUCCUCACCUCUUGGCUAAGUCGUCGUCGCUUCCGCCGCUACUUCUGUCUCUUUCUUUGCUCUCCUCUUCUCGUUCCUCUAUUUUGUGCUACUUGCCCUAUCAUUUGUGCUGCUGAAAUCUGCUACCGAAUAUGCUAUUGCCGCCGCGGCCGAUCGCUGUGGAAAUCGGCGGAGGGAUUCGACGGCAGCGGCGAUGGGCAGCGACGGUGUGAGAGAGCGGAAGGUAGUAUUGAUGGAAGUCAAGAGACGAUGAUGUUGCAGAGGUAUCUGGAUGAUCAACUUCUUCUUGUGAUUGAAUCUGUAUAUAAUUGUGGAGAUGAAGACGAGGAAGAUGUGGAAGCAACAGACGGUAGAAGCAUUUUUUGCAAUAACUGAAGAUAUCCAGAGAUCUUUCGGUUAUCUCUUUCCUUUAGCUUUUCCUUUUUGGUUUUGUAUAUAGAAUUUCAACAUUGACAACUGGGAUUCUUAAAUCUCGCCAACAACUUAGCAAUUGAGUUACUAAGAUUUUACAAAAAUAGAGUAGUUAUAGGGUUUGAAUGAGAGCUUUGAGUAAUUGGUAAAGUUGAAGUGUUAGAAAUAGUCUCUGGCAGAAAUAAAGUAAGGUUGCGUACCUUGUGGUCAGGCUUUUCUCCAAACCUUGUGCAAAACAAAAGUUUUAAUGCAUCGGAUUGCUCUUUUAAAAUAGUUAUGGGGUUUGUAAUCUUCGGUAUUUUCAUGACUGGUUGGAGGGAAGGAAUUAUUUUCCAAUUAUAUCUGAAAUUCAAUCAAACCGAAGAUUUUGACUAUGUAUUUAUAAUUACUGUUUUAUGGUAGAUAUUUAUAUCAAAUCACUCAAUUUAUUAUGAUUU